AAAAACGUCGACUUAUUUCUCUCGAAGUCGACGAAGCCGCGAAUGAGUUCGGCACGCGACAAAUUCGUCACAUUGCGAGCCGGUUAGCCCGGCCUUGCGUCACGUUAGCUUUAGCGCCUCAAGGCCUGCUAUUUCCCAGACAUGCCUUCAGAUUUAGCCAAAAAGAAGGCAGCGAAGAAGAAGGAAGCCGCCAAGGCCCGACAGCGCACCAAGAAACCCGAUGAGGUGAACGAUGACUGCGAACAACCAGAGACCCUGACCAAUGGCGCCGUCAGCAACGAUAUCGCCAGUUUGACCAAGGAGCUGGAUGAGUUUGAACUACGGAAAACGGAGGCCCGAGCGGUGACCGGCGUUCUGGCCUCGCACCCCAACAGCACCGACGUCCACAUCAGCAGCCUCUCCCUGACGUUCCACGGACAGGAGCUGCUGGCCGACACCAGCCUGGAGCUGAACUCGGGAAGACGCUACGGCCUCAUCGGCCUGAACGGCACAGGCAAGUCCAUGCUCCUGUCGGCUAUCGGACAUCGUGAAAUUCCCAUUCCGGAGCACAUAGAUAUUUACCACUUGACCCGGGAGAUGGCGCCCAGCGAGAAGACGGCCCUGCAUUGCGUCAUGGAGGUGGACGAGGAGAGGAUCAUGUUGGAGAAGGAGGCGGAGCGUCUUGCUCAUGAAGACUCGGAAUGUGAGAAGCUAAUGGAGCUGUACGAGCGUCUGGAGGAGCUGGACGCCGACAAGGCGGAGGUUCGAGCCUCUCGGAUCCUCCACGGCUUGGGCUUCAGCACCACCAUGCAGCAGAAGAAAAUGAAAGACUUCAGCGGAGGGUGGAGGAUGCGCGUUGCGCUAGCGAGAGCCCUCUUCAUCAAACCUUUCAUGUUGCUGCUGGACGAGCCCACCAACCACUUGGAUCUGGACGCUUGCGUGUGGUUGGAGGAGGAGCUCAAAUCAUUCAGACGCAUCCUCGUGCUCAUCUCGCACUCGCAAGACUUCCUGAACGGCGUGUGCACCAACAUCAUCCACCUGCAUCAGCGCAAACUCAAGUACUACACGGGGAACUACGACCAGUAUGUGAAGACCAGGGAGGAGCUGGAGGAGAACCAGAUGAAGCGCUUCAACUGGGAGCAGGACCAGAUAGCACACAUGAAGAAUUACAUUGCCAGGUUCGGUCACGGCUCAGCCAAGCUGGCCCGACAAGCUCAGAGCAAAGAGAAGACGCUGCAGAAGAUGGUGGCCUCAGGCCUGACUGAAAAAGUUGUGAAUGACAAAACUCUGUCAUUUUAUUUUCCUCCCUGUGGGAAGAUUCCUCCUCCUGUUAUCAUGGUUCAGAAUGUGAGCUUCAAGUACAGUGACAAUACGCCGCACAUAUAUAAAAACCUGGAGUUCGGUAUCGACUUGGACACACGAGUGGCGCUGGUGGGGCCCAACGGAGCAGGGAAGUCCACCCUGCUGAAGCUUCUCAUGGGAGAGCUCCUCCCCACAGAUGGUAUGAUCCGCAAACAUUCUCACGUCAAGAUUGGCAGAUAUCACCAGCACCUGACAGAACAGCUGGAGUUGGACCUCUCACCUCUGGAGUACAUGAUGAAGUGCUUCCCGGAGAUCAAGGAGAAAGAGGAGAUGAGGAAGAUCAUCGGCCGCUACGGUCUCACGGGGAAGCAGCAGGUCAGUCCAAUCCGAAACCUGUCAGACGGGCAAAAGUGUCGCGUGUGUUUCGCCUGGCUGGCGUGGCAGAACCCUCACAUGCUCUUCCUGGACGAGCCCACCAAUCACUUGGACAUCGAGACCAUCGACGCGCUGGCGGAAGCCAUCAAUGAGUUUGAGGGCGGAGUGAUGCUCGUGAGUCACGACUUCCGGCUCAUCCAGCAGGUGGCUCAGGAGAUCUGGGUGUGUGAGAAGCAGACCAUCACAAAGUGGAACAGGGACAUCUUGGCGUACAAGGAGCACUUGAAAACAAAGAUCGAAAAGCAGCAAGCGCAUGACAUUUAAGGUGUUGAUUAGCGUCUAAAAGGGGGAGGGGGGGGGGGUCGCAUCACAAAUAUUCCAAGCAGACCUGAAGCGAUCAUACGCAUCUUUAAACACGUUGCUGUAAUUUCAUCAGUUUGACUGUGCUGCACCACACUUGGAUCCCUCACCCCCCCCCCCCCCCCCCCCCCCCCCCAACACCCCUUCCUCAGGCUGCACUCAAAUUGGCUUACUCAGUGCAUCGUGGACCCCCGCCUCCAUUGUGCUGUCAUUACUUUUAUUUCUCCCCCAUGUUCUGUUAGCUUUUACGUCAUAUUUUAUGAUAUUUAAAAGUUGACAUUUUCUUUCUGUGUAAAAGGAGAAUUCUACCUUAUUUAACAAUGUAAUGCAAUAAAGGAUCUGAAUAAACGGAA